AUGAGGGCAUUCAAUGAUGUUGACGAUCUCUCUGAAUAUACGUACUUUCCGGAGUCCCGGACCUUUAACAUAACGCUUAGCUCAAGGCUCAUCCUAAUCGACGACGCAGAGGCUACGCAGCAUAAUCGACAUCAGUUGGCUGCUAAUACUAGUGGUCUGGUGGGCACCUGGGGCAUGGUUUUCGAUGAGGGCUUCGAGGUUCGAAUCGGGGCAGCGUCUUUAUUCGCAAUUUCCCGGUAUAGAUGUAGCGGGUCCGGCGAGGAAUGCUUCAAUGAUGAAGAUGCUCACGAAGACACUGACGGUCGGGUGAAGGGAUGGGAGAGUUUGACUAUGGCUGUUGGUACGGUCGGAAAGUCACGCCGCAAUCAGCGCUCGCCCCCUCUCCAGCAUCGUCGUCCCUUGACAGAUCUCCUCGUUGGGGAGGCGGGACAGGCAAUGAGGCUGAAACAAGAGCGUCUGAGGCUUCGUGGGAUGCGAGGGGCUCUGGGUGGUGGAGAGCUCAGUCGCAGGAGUCCUCUUGCUUCGGACCUCCUACAGCUGCUCAGCUGGCAUCAACCAGAUUCUUAUAGAUCAUCAUGCAACAUUGAUAGAGGUAUAAGCGAACUCGAUACUAAGGAUGGAGAGGCGCUGUAUGACCCUUUGCCGAUGGACUGGGACUGGAGGAAGAAGAUGGGUGGUAGCUGGAAUGUCCCUUUGGUUGACCAAGGCGGAUGUGGCUCCUGCUAUGCUAUAGCUUCGACUUAUGCAUUACAGUCGAGGAUCAAUGUAAUUCCCCUAUCCCUACUGGAUGGGACUUUCCCCUUUACGGAAUCCGUCCUAGCCUGCAGCUGGUACAACCAGGCUUGUAAUGGCGGCCUGGAAGUCCUCGCUCUUCGGCAUGCACAGGAAGUUGGUAUCAUCGAGGAGAGCAAGCUGCCGUACACGUCUUAUAGAGGAGACGUGCCUUCGUGUCCUAAGGAUGCGUUCAAGGAUUCGGACGAAGUGUGGUAUGCUAAGGACUAUGGAUAUGUAGGAGGUUUUUAUGGACAGUGCAGCGAGCUUGAAAUGAUGAGGAAUCUGUAUGAGUUCGGGCCACUGACUGUAUCACUGCAUGCUAAGGACUCAGAGUACACGAUGUCCAGGGCCACAGAGAGCGAUCGGAGUUCUAUUCAUGCGGCCAAUGAUUCGGACACUAUAGGAGUCACGAUCGAAACUGACUCGGGUGACAUUGGUCCUGUCUUGAAGACUCUGCGGGAAUCACGAUGUACGAUGAAGUAUGUGUCGGACCUGGCACCGGAGAUCAACCCGGAUGGUGCAUCGGGAGUGUUUUAUGUGAGAGCUAGAGCGGUCGAGUCAUGGGGGGCAUUUUCUGAGGAUGUGAAGACAGCUCUGGACGAGGCCAAGCUGAGCGGAUCUAUUCUGGACGCAUUCACAGUUGGAAUACACGGCUGGGAAUAUGUUGAUCAUAGUGUUGCCCUCGUUGGGUGGGGCUCGGAGUUGGACUAUAGCACAGGUGAUGAGAGACCAUAUUGGCUCAUUCGUAACAGCUGGAGUGCGUCCCUUCCGGGAGGAGGGUACAUUAAGUUGCGUCGUGGUACUGAUGCUGCUGGUCUCGAGAGCGGCUCGGUUUGGGUAGAACCGGACAUGUGCCGUGGGAAAUUCCGAGCAGUGUUGGAUAGCCAUGGUCUCACUGGUCGUAUGUGUGAGAGCUCCCCCUACUACCCUAUGGGUACGUCCUUCCUCCAGUACUGGAAGAGGACGCUAAAGAACGGGACGUGA